CAAGAGUUACAAUCAUAUGUCGGCUACAGCCGGGUUUUGUUUGUGCUGUAGUGGACAUUUGGUUCGAGAAUACCAUGGAAGAUCAGGACAUGGUUCCUGCUGUGGUGACACACAAGAAUUUUGCACAGUUGUACAGAACACAUCUGGAGAAGAAUGGCUUCCUAGACACCAGGUUCAGACUACAAAAUCUGACCGAUAAUAAAAUGGCUCUGCCUGUCCUGAUCUCCAGACUGGCCGAAUUAAACCUCCAGCACCUCCAGGAUGUUGUCGCACCAGAGAGCACAUGUUCUACUACACUCAUUAAGAGUCAAACUCUGGUUCCAUCUAAGAAGUCAUGUGUAAAGUCUCUUCAACGCCGGCUUCAAGAGCAUGUAAGAUUACUGGUAGAAAGUACAGAAGUCAUAUGGAGUGAAGAACUUGUCCGGGAUCUUCCCCAAACCUGGAAGCAACAUGGAGAUUUAAUCCUUAUCGCAGAAAGCACCUUUCAGGAUCCUAUAUGGAAAAAGUUUGGGUCAGACAUUUGGAAGACAGUGGCCACAGCUCUGGGAGUAAAAAGGGUUGCUAAAAUAAGCAGAAUAUCUACAGAUGGAUUUCGUACGCCUGUGGUUACACUACUGUUGGGCGAGGACAGCUGGGUAAAUCAUGUGGACAAUGGAAUCAGGUAUGAAUUUGAUGUCACAAAAUGCAUGUUCUCUUCAGGAAAUAUCACAGAGAAGCUCAGAAUAAUGACAUUUGAUUGCACUGGAGAAACUGUGGUGGACCUGUAUGCAGGUAUUGGUUAUUUCACGCUUCCUUACCUGGUACAUAGCAAGGCUACUCUGGUACAUGCUUGUGAGUGGAAUCCUGAUGCAGUAAUUGCAUUGCGCAGAAACCUCCACCUUAACCGAGUGUCCCACAAAUGUGUAAUCCAUGAAGGUGAUAACAGACAGCUUUCCAUGUGCGAUGUUGCUGACAGAGUAAACUUGGGAUUAAUUCCUAGCUCUGAAGAGGGUUGGCCUACAGCUUGUCGACUCCUAAGACAGAACAGUGGAGGCAUCCUCCACAUUCACCAAAAUGUUACCAGUCUGCCACACAAGCCUGCCUUGCUCCAGCAAGAUACCUGUUCCCAGGAGGCCAGCGAAGAAUAUCAUGAAUGUAAAAAUAAAGUUAUACCUUCCGAAAAUAAUGAUACCGUGUUUGAAGAAAAUUUCUGCAGUUCCUCAGCUAAAGGAAGAAUAAAAUCAGAGUGGGGAAAAUGGGCCGAGACAGCAGCAUCUCAAAUAACAAAGCUACUGAUGGAAAACUGGGAAAAGCCAUGGAAGACACACAUCCGGCACAUACAGCAUGUAAAAUCAUAUGCUCCACACAUUGAUCAUAUAGUUUUGGAUUUAGAAUGUAGACCUAGUUGUUAGUGCAAAAAGCAAAACAUGUUACUGCUGUCUGUAUGUUGCAAUUGAAGCAAACAUUCCAGCAAACUACAAUAUUUUUAACUCGAAUAACAACAUCAUAGAUUCAGAAACUGAAGUAUGUGUGUUGGGGUAAAAAACAAAUUAAUCUAAUUCUGUACAUAGUAUGUAUUUUAUGUCAUUUUGGCUGUUUUAGUUUUCCCAGUUUGGAGAAUGUCUGUCUUGGAACUUGGAAGUCUCAAAUGUCUCAAGUAAGUUAUUUAAUAAAUGUAUUCCCAUAUGCCUACAGUGCUAUUCAUCCCUUCAUUCCCUGAACAUACUGGGUUACAAUAAGUAAGAGCUUGCCAUGGUGGUAAUGGAUGAAGAUUGUCCUGGGUCAUGCUGUCUGCUGAACCAUGUAAUCAUGGUAACAAUAAUAAUAAUUAUUAUUAUUAUCAAAUCUUGAUGGGAUGGCAUAAAUGCGUACAUCUUUGAACGAUUUAGACUGACCAGCUAAAGGAACUGUAAUUUUUUGGACUAUAGAAAGAAAUUAGAGGCACCCCACUUAAACCUUGUGAACAAUAAAAAAAAUGCCAUAAUGCAUGCCAGAUACCCCAACCAAGACACAAAGCCAGGUUGAAGAGCUGUGAAGCAGGAGCAUUUCUGGCACAGCUUCCCUGGCACAUCUCUAAGUGGAACAUUAAUGAAUAUAUUUUAAAAACAGAAACUUCAUUGUCAGGAGGUUUUCAUUUAACAAUAAACAGCUGUACACACACCAGUCAUAGCAUUUUUACUCCUCUGUCCUCUGGCAGGCACUUCAGGGCCCUGCAUGCCCACACCACCAGGCUGAAGAACAGCUUUAAGCCAAAAGAAAUCCGCGGAUUAAAUGCACAGCAAUCGCCACCCCUUCCUAUAACAGAAAGCAGCACUGACUGAACUGAACUUGUGCAACAACCACACAUAGUCACAAACUUAUACGUGACCCAUGAGGAACUCAUGACCAUUACAUUGUCUGUAAAUGUUACUGUGACUUCAUUUUUUAUUUAUCUAUUUAUGCUUACAUAUUUACCUUUACUUUUACUCUGUGUAUAUUUGGAACUGGUAAUAGUAACUCUGCUUCUCAUAGUUUAAGGUCUCAUUAUCAUAAUUGCCAAUAUAAAAUAAAAAUCCAAGAUAUGUUUUCUUUUUAAAAUUAAUUAGAAUUUUCCAUACCAGAAAAUGUUUACUAAAAACAAAAUAUUGCAUCAAAAUGCAGAUUUAGAAAUAUCUACCCUACAUAUACAGUAUAUAUAAAAUUCUAAGCCUAAA